UUUGAUUUAGUAACAGGUUUUGAGAAGAAAAUGCUUUUUUCGAUUCCUAUACGUCAUAAAAUGAAAGACGAGCCUCGAUUUCAGUUAUUUAAAAAUGUGAAAAUAGUGCUUCCUAAAAUCAAAGUUACAAAAUAAUUUCAGGUUUAUAUCUUCUUCCCAGUUUCUUUAGAUCCCAGCUGGUAUUAAAACUAUGGUUUGCUCAGGGCGCACCGGAUAAUCUGGGCAUUCUACCCCCAGCCACAAUCUCCCCAUGAUCUAUCCAUUUCAUGCGAAUUUUGCAAGGAAUACUUAAGAACUACGAAAUGCUCUAUGCAAAUAAUUCGUGAUCCUUUAAGCACUUUUAAUUUCGCUCUUUGCGGGAAGUUGUAGAACAGUUUCUGUAUAUCCGACAGCCACGAACGUUCCUCUUUGUGUGGUGUCUAUGAGGAUAAGUGGGUUAAUCCUGAAAGCUGGAAUGAUAAAGGAAUAUAGUUGAACAGGUUGCUUUUGUGAUAUGUGAAGGUGGUUGCUGGAGCUGUGUGUUAGUAGUAAACAUGUGUUAACUACAGCUUCUGUGAGCUACAGUGAAAUAUAAAGAAAAUCGUGUUGUUCGAAGUAAAGUGUGGAGACAUGCAAGAAAAAACACAAAGGCUUAAGUUGUAUCAUCGAGGCCACUUGGAAGGCAAUAGAUAUGUAUUCUGCAACAACAGUAGUGAUGAAGAUGGUGACAGUGAAGAAGACCAGCAUCCUUUGAAAUUGUAUAAACAGGAGCCAUUUUUGGAGAGAGAAGUUCAGCCAGGAGAUACAUUGCAGACACUUGCACUUCAGUUCAAUUGCCCUAUCGCAGAGCUGAAAAGAAUCAAUAAUAUUCACAGAGACAAUGAGGUAUUUGCUCGGAGGACUGUCAAGAUUCCAGCGAGGCUAUUUACAAGGAAACUACCUGGUGUACAUGCAAGUUUGUCUCAUAAAGUUAUCAGUGAAGCAAGAAGUGGUAAUUGUACCAACUCAGACAGUUCAAGUGACAGUCUUAUUAAUGACAUGUCUGCCUCCAGUCAUGUGAUGAAAGUAGAAAUGUCAAACACCUUGCCCAAAGAUGUCAGCAGUGUGCCCACAGUUGAAUUUCUCGUAGACGAUGCCACGCGUGUGUACGGCACAAAUAGAACAACUCUAGAGACUUUGGAUGUGGAACGUAGCACUAGUCCAUUGAUACAGCACGAAAACUCUAAUAUAUCCAGUGAUGACAAGUCUAUGUACAGCUGCAACGGAGCAGAUUGGGGUCUGACAUGGUUGCAAUUAUUAAUAUGCUCUCUUCUGCUUGGAUUUGCAGGUCCAGUUUUGUAUGUACUAUAUACAACUGAAGACAAACAUACAUAGCACCAACAUCUGUAUUAUUCGUAAUGGUAUGAUGGAAGUAAAAUUUGAAUGUGUAUCUGCUGUAGGUUUCAAAGCCAAAGUAAGAUUUAGUUAUGAAGGUCUAUGACAGUGAUCCACUAUUAUGAUACUAAUGAUACCUCCUAGGUUAUGUCUGUUGCCUUGGUUUAAUUAUGUCUACAUUGUAAACAGAGGAUGCCUUUCUUCAGGUAAAAGCAGUAACUGAACCUAAUUACAGACUAGCUCUAUUUAACUUGUCAACUUAGUUGCCAUUGCUCUCUCUUUUUACCUGAAGAUGGAGACAGCAGCUUAUGAAACAGACAUAAUAUCAACUGCAGUCAGAGGACAGUAUCCAGGAAUAAUCCUUAUAUCACAAAAUAUGCUGGCAGUUGUGCUUUUCAUUCCUGUUUUACAAUAUAUUGUACUGUAAUUGGUAAAGUUGUCUGAGAUUCACAUAAAAAAGAACUGCUAAUAAAGAAUUACAAAACCAGACCCUCAGCUGCCCAAAGUUUUGAAAGUAUGAAUACAACGUCUGCAAACAAAGUGGAAAGAAUUAUUAUUUACAUUUUAAAACUGUGAUUUCUCCUUCGAAGCCACAGAGCAUUGACGUGGCUUUUCCUAAAAUUCUUCCACUCCACAAACCCAUACCUUGAUGAAACGUGUGAACUCGGCUGCAUGUGUCCAUCUUCCCCAUGAAAGGACAUAUCUUCGUUCUCUGAUGUGUCACUAUUUAAAGUUAACUCAUAACUAAUAAAGUUUAAUGCAUAUCACUGUAUAAAAUUAACAGAGAGCUUAGUCAAGAAAUUAAUGGUUAAUAUUUCAUAUAAGAUUAGAAACACUCACAUACACAAAAGAAUUGUAUACAUGUAUUUUAUUAUAGGAAGUAUUUUUGUAGUUCCAAAAGAAGCUAUUCUUUUCAAAAUUGUCAGAAGUUAAAAUGAUAUACUUGAGAGAUAUUUUAUAAUUUGUACUGAAUUAGGAUUUCCUUUAACUUUAUAGCUUAAUUAAUACAAAAUGUAGCAACUGAAAAGAAAAUACCUUGUACGGUGCAGCACUGUUCUUCAGUCACAGUUCAAAUCAUGAAGUAGCAAAUAAUUGAAGACAGUUGUCUAGGUAAACUUCUACCACACUACGUGGCAAUACAACCCAGAAGACAGCCAUCUUCGGACUCAUUGCCGUGUAAACCUCAAAUCAUACUUAGCAAAUUAUUGUCUGCGGAGUGUAAACUACGGUGUAAGAUUGUGGGGAGUGCAAACUUCUUGGUACAGCUAGAAGUUUUCUGUGAUUACAGUGGUUGAUAAAGAAAUUUAAAAGUAAUACAGGAAAACCUAAUGACAAUGAAAUCCAAAGGAGCACAUUUUAACCCCCUCCCUUUCAUAAUGUUUUUUUGCCCCCAAUAGUAUAUUAAAAGUAUUUGUUUAUUUUGUCAGAUAAAUUUCAGAAAGCACAAAAUUUAUUACCAGAAAAUAAUAAAAUAUUCAUGAAGGCAGUUUCAGUUUAAUCCAAUUCCAUUUUAAACAGGUUUUACUGUAUCACCAUUUCUGUUAAAAUAAACUUGUAGUACUAAAAUGAAUUUGGUAGGUUUUCAAGAUACUUUGUGUUUAUUACUAAUUAUUUAUUUGUUUUUUUUAUUUUGUUACCAUAGUUAUAACAUUAUAGAUAUAUUAAACCCAUGACAUGCACAACUCUGUAUGCUUUUAGAGAAUAAUUAUUACAUUUCUUAAAACAAUAA